AUGGUUCCUGCUUCCGUACUUAAUGAAGGCAGUCCCCAGCUUCUUGGCUGCUUCCGCUCUGUCCUCUGCCCUGCUCGUUUCUCUCUUCGCGUCCUGACCGUGUACUGCUUCAUAUUUCUUGCAGUCACUGCUUUCCUGGGUUCCAAGAUGCAUGUCAAACAUUAUCUCUCCGCCGUCCUCCACGGACUGCCCGCGUUGGCGCAGAGCUCUUCAUCGUCGCAAAGCUCUUCAUCAUCUGUCGCAUCCAGCAUCCCACAAUCCACAGGGGCUGCUGAUCACUUUGAGUCAUACACCAUCAAGGCUGAAAAUAUCACCGCUAAAUUAAUUCCAUACGGCGCGCGCUUGACAUCGGUGCUCGUGCCUGAUCGUGACGGCAAUCUGCAGGAUGUAGUCGUGGGUUACGAUGACCCCAAGGACUACCUCAAGGACACAGAGACCAACCAUACGUUCUUUGGUGCUGUUGUCGGACGAUACGCGAAUAGAAUCAAGAACGGCACAUUUGCCGUUGAUGGAACUACGACUAAGGUUCCGAAGAAUGAAAACGACGGCCUUGAUACCCUCCACGGAGGCACUGUGGGCUAUGACCAGCGCAAUUGGACGGUGACUGCGCACUCGGACUCAUCCAUCACCUUCACAUUGGUCGAUAAUGGUCUGGAAGAUUUCCCCGGCGAUGUCAUCACCCAUGCCAUUUUCAGUGUGGAAACUGCGCGUUCCCCUGAGAAUCCCGAUGGCCUGCCUCAACUGACCAGCAAAUUGGUCUCACUGGCGUUGACGGAAAAGACCCCAAUCAUGCUCGCCAAUCACAUCUACUGGAACCUCAAUGCGUUCAAAGAACAAGACAUCUUGAAUGAUACCUUCCUCCAACUCCCCCUAUCCAAGCGAUACAUCGGCACAGAUGGCAUCCUAAUCCCGAACGGCACCAUCCUCGAAGUAGCCGACACAUACAACGGAGCUGCCGAUUUCACCACAGGAAAGCUCGUGGGACAAGAUAUCAAAGACACAAAAGGACUAUGCGGUGAUGACUGCACCGGAUACGAUAACUGUUUCAUCGUGGACCGUCCUCUGCAAUACUCAGCACCCAACUCCCUGGUCCCCGUCGUCAGAAUGAACUCUAGCACCACCGGCAUCAGCCUGGAAGUAGCCACCAACCAACAAGCCCUCCAGAUCUACGCCUGCAACUCGCAAGACGGCACCAUCCCCACAAAGCCAUCCCAACAGAAACGCAACGGCAAUGAUGGUGCCAAGAAUAUCAACCAAUAUGGCUGCCUUGUCAUCGAAACCGAGGGCUGGAUCGAUGGCAUCAAUAACCCGCAAUGGGGUCAAUUGUCUGACCAGAUCUACUCCCCCAACACUGCCCCUGCCAUUAACUGGGCUACCUACAAGUUUGGUACCAUUGCAUAA